AUGUCGGUUGUGGUACGAAGAUCGAAACGAAAAGCCGCGGAAAUGGGUGCUGAUGACCUAGAUGAGGAUGUGGUGGAAGAGACGGUGGUUGCGCCUGAUGAGGCCACUCCCAUGAACCUGGAAGAGGGUGGAGAAUUUCCUCCUCCUGCGGAACCAGAAGGCGUCGUGGAGGCUCCUCCUCCUCCUCCCGAAGAGCACCAACCACCACCACCACAUGAAGAAGUCGCAGCACCUAUGGAAGUAGUACCCGAAGGAGGAGUAGUGGAAGAAGUUCCGGUGGAGGAAGGUGGUCCUCCCGUUAUCAAAAAGCCACGAAAGGAUAUUGCCGAAGCCGCUGCCAAAUCCGAAGAAGAACCCACUACGACGACCACCGAAGAAGAAAUUGCCAAAACCAUGGUGGAAGCUCAUGCCACCGCAGCCGCGGCCGCGGAAGAAGCCAUGACGGUCAAACCACCCGCUGUAGCCAAUGUUCCCAUGGUACUAGUAGAAGAAGCCAAUAAUAAGGUAACCACCGAGAAUGGGGAACCUUUGACCAUUGUGGAUCAAAACAGAGUCCCGGCGGAGAGUGCCGAAGCCAUGCACAAUAUGCAAGCCAAAGAAGCGGCAGCCAUGGCCACGGAAACCAUGGCAGCACCCGCACCACCGGUCGAACAUCCACCUCCUCCUGAAGUGGCAGCUCCUUCCAUUCCCAUGGAGGCACCCAAACCACCGCCUCUCCCCAAACAAGAGGAAAUGGGAAUUUCCAACAAUGCCAUUGCCGCCGAAGCCGUGGCAGCCAUGGGCAACAUUCCUAUACCCCCUCCUCCACCACCACAACAGCAACAGCAACCACAACCAGAUCACACUACGCCAAUUUACAAAAAGGAACAGGAAGAAUACGAGGAACCAGAUGACGGAUUGGAGAUUCCAGAGGAAGAAGAUAGUAUUUGGAAUGCUCGAUUGUUGGAUCUACUCCUCUACAAGGCCCAGUACCGUACGUUGCAUGUACAGGCCACGUAUGACCAGCCGUUGCAUUCCUGGGUCGAUGUCCAGCGUCGAUUGUAUCGUCGACACCGAAAAGAUCCCAAAUUGGUCAGUGCCGUGACACAGACUCGUCUCACGGCGUUGGAUGCCAUCAACUUUCCAUUCACUCUUCGCGGUGCCGCCCAUUGGGAUCGGUACUAUGCCAAGCUUCAGGAAUUCAACAAAAAGCAUGGCCAUUGCUUGGUCCCCCGCUUGUGCGAGUUUGCGGGCCUUGGAGAUUGGGUCAUUGAUCAGCGUCGUCAAUACAAGUUGAUGAUGCAGGGAAAGCCGUCCGUAUUGGAUCCGGAGCGUCAACGCAAAUUGGAAGAGCUUGGGUUUGUGUGGGUUGUUCGCAACCGUCCCGAAUGGAACAAUCGGUACCAGGAGCUGCUGCAAUACCGUGAGAAAUAUGGCGACACGAAAGUACCCCAGCACUACAAGGAAAUCCCGGGACUGGGCAAGUGGGUGGCCAAGCAGCGAGAGCAGUACCGCCUUUUGUCGCAGGGCAAGCAUUCCUUCUUGACACCCGAUCGUCUUGAAAAGCUGAACGAGGCGGGCUUUGUAUGGAGUGUCCGCAAAGAUACCACGGACGAGUUGAAGGGCAAAAAGGCGCUCGUUGAAGCGGCCCUCAAGAAGGAAGUGGUGCCUACUAUUCCGGUUAUGGUCGAGGAGAAACCCAAGGAAGCAGUUCUCGUGGCGGUAGCUGCACCUGUUCCACCACCUCCUCCUGCCCUUGUUGGUACUGCACAUCCUGGUGCUCCUAAACCGGCAGCAGAAGAGAUGCCCGCUGCAGGAGGACACGUAGUCGUAGAGCAAGAACAUGCGGCAGCACCAGUCCAAGAGGAAGUGAAGAAGGAGGAUGUGGAGAAGAAGGACGAGCCACAGUCCGUUACCGUGUGA